UGUCCCUCGGACACAGCGGAUCACUGAUCAACGAAAAGAGCCGAAGAUGGGACAUGUACACUGAUCAUCAAGGCACUGAUGAUCAGUGUGCCCUCAUGAUCUGUGUAGCCCCCCCAGUAGUGCCACCUGUCAGUGUCCAUCAGUGUCAUCAGUGCCAGCUGUCAGUGCUCAUCCAUGCCACCUGCCAGUGCCACAUCAAUGCCACAUAUCAGUGCCUACCAGUGCACAUCAAUGCCACAUUUCAGUGCCCAUCUGAGCUGCCUUUCAGUGUCAACCAUCAGUGCCAGUCAGUGCCACCUAUCAAUGCCAAUCAGUGCCAGUCAGUGCCGCCUAUCAGUGCCCAUCAG